AUGUUUCACCUGUAUUCACGACGUUCUUCCACGGGCACUUACACGACGAACAGCAGUUUCACGACAACGACCAUAACCGAUGAAGGCGAAAUAGAUGUAUUAUCUUUGUAUUCAAUCAGUUUUCAAAUUGAUAUUACAGAACAAGACGAUAAUUCAUAUUACGAUGACUAUAAUGGCGUGAAUUCUGACGUCAACGAGAUAGAGAAUGAUGAAGAAGAAUCUUCGACAUGGAAAAUCAUUCUGAUUUGGUUUUUGAACUAUUUAAAGAAAUUUGCUAGUGGGCAUGAGAUGCGACCGAAACGAAUUGCCUGGCAUGAAUAUAUUUGGAGUUUUGUUGGCUCGUUUCUUGGCAUUCUCAUCGUUGCUCUGAUGCAUUAUCGCCUUCUCAUACCUCACAACUUGAUGUUUCUGAUUGGAUCGUUUGGUGCAUCGGCUGUGCUCAUCUACGGUGCGCCGCAAUCACCUCUUGCACAACCGCGAAACGUCAUUGGUGGUCAUUUUUUCUCGGCCGUAGUUGGCUGUACAUGUCGUGUAGCCUUUGAUCGUUUUGAACAUUCAGUCACAGUUGCUCUUGCCGUCGCAAUAAGUAUCGUCGUAAUGCAAUUUACCGAAACGGUCCAUCCGCCAGGUGGUGCCACGGCACUGAUUGCCGUCACAACUCAACCAGAAUUGCCAUGGGCAAAUUUCCUCUAUAUAUUCAUGCCAAUUCUGACAGGUGCCGUAGUUAUGUUAAUUGUUGCGCUUCUGGUCAAUAAUCUUUCGAACUACCGGACGUAUCCAUCUUGGUGGUGGUGA